AUGCCUUCGAUCACAGAAGAGAUAUGUACUGGAAACUUAGGCAGUCUCCAAACCAUCCCUGACUCAUUCACAUGGAAUGUCACCGCCGAGGACUCUGUUCUGCCUCCCUCCUCCGCUGGAGUGGAAGAGUCCAUUCCGGUGAUCGACCUCUCCGAUCCAGACGCCACCACCAUUCAGCUGAUAGGGAAUGCGUGCCAAACGUGGGGAGCGUUUCAGGUAGCCAACCACGGGAUUUCUCAGAAACUCCUCGACGACAUUGAGUCUCUCUCCAAAACCUUGUUCGAUAUGCCGUCAGAGAGAAAGCUCGAGGCGGCUUCCUCCGACAAAGGAAUUAGUGGCUACGGAGAACCUCGAAUCUCUUCUUUCUUUGAGAAGAAAAUGUGGUCUGAAGGUUUCACUAUUGCCGAUAGCUCAUACCGCAACCAUUUCAUUACUCUUUGGCCUCAAGAUCACACCAACUACUGCAGAAUAGUCGAAGAGUAUAAGGACGAAAUGGAAAAAUUAGCGAACAGACUUCUGUGUUGCAUAUUGGGCUCGCUUGGUGUGACCGUGGACGACAUAGGAUGGGGUCAGAAAGCCGGGAACUCUGGAACAAAAUUGGAGCGAGGCGCCAUAAGGCUAAACCAUUACCCGGUGUGUCCUGAACCAGAACGAGCAAUGGGUCUAGCCGCACAUACAGACUCCACAAUGCUAACCAUCCUGCACCAGAGCAACACGGGAGGGCUACAAGUGUUGAGGGAAGAGUCCGGUUGGGUUAAGGUUGAUCCGAGACCUGGUAACCUGGUGGUCAACAUGGGCGAUCUCAUUCACAUCUUAUCGAAUGGGAAAAUCCAAAGCGUGGUCCACCGAGCCAAAGUAAACCAAACCCGGUCAAGGAUUUCAAUAGCGUAUUUAUGGGGUGGUCCAGCUGGUGAUGUUGAAAUUAAACCUAUUUCUAAGAUAAUCGGUCCGCUUGGAACGUCUCUAUACCGAUCAGUUACUUGGAAGGAAUAUCUUCAAAUCAAAUGUGAGGUUUUCGACAAGGCGUUAGACGCUAUUAGGACUGUUGUUAAUCCCUCCGAUUAA